AUGAUUGCGGGUUCGAGUGACGGGGAUAGAGGACGUAGGACACCGUAUGUGAUUGUUCGUUGUGAGCGUGGGGGCCUUUAUGUUGGCAAGAAGGUACCCGGUGAAGAUGAUCAAAGACCGGGAGAAAGGAGCACCGGUUCGAAGAAAUGCAAUUGUCCGUUUAAAUUGAAGGGGACAAAAGAACCCAAGGAUGAUGAAAAGGCUGAGUGGAAAUUGAAUGUUUAUAGUGGUAUUCACAACCACAACUUGUUUGAAAACUUGCACGGACACUCUUAUGCUGGAAGAUUAUCAAAGGAGCAGACUUCCUUUGUUCACACUUUGAAGAAAGCAAUGGUGAAACCAAGGGCAAUUCUAAGAUUAUUGAAGGAAAAGGACCCAUCUAAUGUAACUGGUAUGAAGACAGUUUACAAUACUAUCUCUAAGUUAAAUUUCAGUGAAUUAUCUGGGAGAUCUCAAUUGCAAUUAUUGUUCGUCAAGUUGAAAAAAGAUGAAUACCUCUCUUACCAUAGAUGGAACGAGUUGAAUGCGAUUACCGACUUGUUGUGGAUCCACCCGAAAUGCAUUAAGUUGGCACUGUCGUAUCCGUACGUAUUCGUCAUCGAUUGCACGUACAAGACCAAUCGUUACGGACUCCCAUUUCUUGAGAUUGUGGGUUUUACUUGUACCAACAUGACGUUCUCCAUUGCCUUUGCAUACUUGGAUCACGAAAAGACGGAAAAUUUCGAAUGGGCGUUGCGUUGUUUGAAGGAGGCUAUGACAAUGACCAAUGUGUAUCCAUCGAGUCAUCACUUGCUGUGUCGGUGGCAUGUGAACAAGAAUAUAUUGGCCAAUUGUAAGAAAUUGUUCACAAAGGACAUCACCAAAUGGAAGCAAUUUCAGUCGGCUUUUUCGGCUCUUAUUGAAAGAAAUACUAUAGAGGAGUUCAAUGAGGAUUGGGAGUCAAUGAAAAGAACAUUUAUCGGUUAUCCGCCGGCAAUAGCAUAUGUAGCUGAUUCAUGGUUGGAUCCGUACAAGGAGAGACUUGUAUCGGUGUGGAUAAGUGUACUCAUUUUGGAACGUACACUUCUAGUAGGGUGGAGGGGGCACACGGACGAAUGA